AUGCUGCGGCUUACUCAGGCGCUGCUGCGUGUGCAGUCGCAUCAGAAGAAACGCGCGCAGCACCCUAAUGCGGGUACGCGUUACGGCCGCGUGUACAACCGCGGCUUUGUGCGUUACGGCUUCGGUGGCUUUGGCAUGUCUGUCUACACCCCCAAGAAGGACCGCACCUUCAAGGUGAUGCCGGUCUCCCCUCCACCACCAGCCACCACUGCCGUGGAGCAGCGAGACGACCUCGCCGACAACCGCAGCCUUUCCACAACGACGCGCACGUUGUCUCCAACAUUUCGCAUGUUUGCUCUCGAGGACGGUGGCGUCUUCGUGUCGCACCCAUCGCACGCGCAGAUUAUGCGGUGGAAUCAACGUGUGCACACUGAGGAGGGCAAGGCAGCGAACAGCACUGUCAUGGAUGAAUAUGUCAACUCGCGCAUUCAGGCCAUCAUCGCCGACAACACGAUCGAAAACACGUCCCUUAGUCAGUGGCGCAAGGCGCAUAUGUGGAACGUUAUCAAGUCUCACGGAAAGCUGCAGCGUCGCUGGGGCAUGCCGGACUUCGUCACGGGUGCCCGCUCGACCUUGUACAACAACUGA